AUGUCUCACAGGCAGGCCCAGUUCAACCAGCAUGUCCUCGUGGACACGACGCCGAUGCCCGACCACAUCCCCAAGGUGGAGGAGAUCGGAACGACGUCUGCGCCGCUGAUGAGCGCUGCGUACUUCAUCGGCGACCGCUGCAAGGCGUUCAAUGACGAUUACAUGAAGUGCAAGGCGGAGGCCAACGGUCGCGGAGAGCUCGAGUGCCUGAAGGAAGGUCGCAAGGUCACCCGCUGCGCAGCCAGUGUGAUCAAGGACAUCAACACCAACUGCCUGAAGCAGUUCAAUGCGCACUGGGAGUGUCUCGAGAACAACAACCACCAUCUGUUCGAGUGCCGGAAGGCGGAGAUGGACCUGAACCAGUGUGUAUUUGAUAAGCUGGGACUCAAGAAGACCAUUCCCGAUACCCCGGAGAACGUUGUCCCUGUACAUCUGCGUGCCAAGCAGCUGUAUUCUCGAUUCCCCGGCCCUCAAUGGUAG